CGGAGCUUCCCGCCGUCCCCGGCCUCCCACAGGGGGAAAGCUGCGGCCAUGGAGAAAUACCAGGUGCUGGGCCUAGUGGGGGAAGGCAGCUACGGGAUGGUGACCAAGUGCAGGAACAAGGAGAGCGGGCAAAUCGUCGCCGUCAAGAAGUUCCUGGAAAGCGAAGACGACGCGGUGGUGAGGAAGAUCGCCGUGAGGGAAAUCAAGCUGCUGAAGCAACUCCGGCAUGAGAAUCUCGUGAACCUGCUGGAAGUGUGUAAGAAGAAGAAACGGUGGUACCUGGUGUUUGAAUUUGUGGAUCACACGGUGCUCGAUGACCUUGAGGCGUUUCCAAAUGGACUAGACUACAGCAGGGUUCGGAAAUACUUAUUUCAGAUUAUGAGAGGAAUAGCGUUUUGUCACAGUCACAAUAUAAUACAUCGGGAUAUUAAGCCAGAAAACAUACUAGUUUCCCAGUCGGGAGUUGUAAAACUGUGUGACUUUGGCUUUGCCCGUACCUUAGCGGCUUCUGGGGAAGCUUACACGGACUACGUGGCAACCCGAUGGUACAGAGCGCCAGAGCUGCUGGUGGGAGAUAUCAAGUAUGGCAAGGCUGUGGACGUGUGGGCUAUUGGCUCUCUGAUAACAGAAAUGCUUACGGGAGAGCCCCUUUUCCCUGGGGACUCAGACAUUGACCAGCUCUACCACAUCACCAAGUGCCUGGGUAAUUUAAUUCCAAGACACCAAGAGUUAUUCUAUAAAAAUCCCCUCUUUGCUGGCAUGAGGUUGCCUGAAGUGAAGGAGGCUGAAUCUCUGGACAAGCGAUAUCCCAAGCUCUCUGCUGCAGUGCUAGAUUUAGCCAAGGUGUUUGCAGAUUGAUCCAGACAAAAGACCAUCCUGUGCUGAACUCCUGCAGUGCGAUUUCUUUAACAAGGAUGGAUUUGCUGAAAGAUUUGCUCAGGAGCUUAAAUUAAAGAUUGAGAAAGAUGCCAGAGACCAUCAAUUACAAAAAAAA